AUGACCAGUGUACCCAUGUAUCCUUUGAUAUACUCAUCGAGACCCGGGGUUCAAGUAUCUGCUUGGACAGCCGAGCCGAAUUCGAGUUCGAGUUCUAGCCCGAACCCAUCAGACCCGAAUCGCCGAGUCGAUCGGUUCUUUACCGUUCACGUAUGCUAUCAUGAUACUUACAUCCCCAAUGCCGUCGAAAGAAGUGCGAGUUUCAGGUUAGAGAGAACAUGCUUAUUUAAUCGUACAACAGCACGACUAGCCAUUAAAGAGUGGUUAGAUGAACUUGAUGUGGAUGCCAACGCUCAUUUUUGUGCUAUUUAUUUGGUUGUUGAAAGCUGUGACAUCCUUUCUGAUGAAAUUUAUCUUGAAGAUCGUAAGUCUCUUGAAGUAACAAUCAAGAUUAAAGUGGGACCGGAAUAUUGGGAUGUCGAUGAUAUGAAUAUUUAUAUGGAUAUGGAUAUGGAUAUGGAUAUGGAGAUUGAUGACGAAGAAGAACCCCAUGAGACUUAUGAAGAGAAAAAGGCACGUAUGAAGGAAAUUGAGACAUUUCUACGGACCAAGAAUAUAAUUAGGAAAAGUAAGGUUGAUAUGGGUUGGCAGUGUUCGAUUUGCUUGGAGGAUACGUCGUAUAAUAGUAGUGAACAAGAAGUUGCAAAUCUUGGUUGUUCUCAUAUUUUUCAUGGGAAUUGUUUGGUUUCUUGGAUUUUCGAGAGAAAAAAUAGUUGCCCAUUAUGUAGAUCUAAUAUCAUGGCAAUCAUGCCUUACUAG